CCCGUGGUGACGCAGCAGCGAGGCCUGAAGCGGCGGCCUCUGCCCGCACCGACUCAAGCCCCUCACUGCCGGACUCGCCGCGGCUUCCUCACACCCCCCCCCUUCCUCCUCCUCCUCCUCCCCACUCCUUCUCCUCAUUACACAGAGGGAGGCCGAGAAACGCACACAUACACAACAACAACAUAGACACAACCACACACACAACCACACAACCACAAGUCACACGAGGCGCGGCGAUAGCCCAGCAAGGCAAACAUGAGCGACGUCAAGAGCGGGCCGGACACGUACAAGGGCUGGCUCUUCAAGUGGACCAACUACAUCAAGGGCUACCAGAAGCGAUGGUUCGUGCUCAGCAAUGGCCUGCUCUCCUACUACAGGACCCAGGCGGAGAUGGCUCACACAUGUCGAGGAACCAUCAACUUGGCGGGCGCGUACAUCGACACGGAGGAUUCGUGCAACAUCGUGGUGUCCAAUGGCGGCACGCAGACGUACCACCUGAAGGCGAGCUCCGAGGUGGAGCGCCAGCGCUGGGUCACCGCCCUGGAGCUCGCCAAAGCCAAGGCCAUUCGCAUGAUGCAGGCCGAGUCAGAUGACUCGGACGAUGAGAAGUCAGGCGCACAGGCUGACAAGACAGAACUGCAGACCACGCUCCGCUCGCUGUCCUCCAAGCUCGAAGAUCUGAGCACGUGCAACGACCUGAUCGGCAAGCACGGAGCCGCCCUCCAGCGCUCGCUCAACGACCUGGAAACCCUGAAGCUGCCGCCCGAGGGCAGCGAGAAGCUCAAGGCCGUCAAUGAGCGCGCCACCCUCUUCCGCAUCACCUCCAAUGCUAUGAUCAAUGCCUGCCACGACUUCCUGGAGCAAGCACAGUCGCAGGGCAAAAAGUGGCAGAAGACGGUGCAGUAUGAGCGUGAGCAGCGCUUGCGCCUCGAGGAGACCUUGGAGCAGCUGGCCAAGCAGCACAACAGCCUAGAGCGCGCGUGUCGCGGGGCCUCGGUGCGCACCAGCGCCGGCAGCGAGAACCCUGCUGGGAAAGUGGGUGGGCGAGGGGGCGGCAAGGCGGACGCGAGCGACGAAGAUGAUGAAUUCGAGUUUUUCGACGCGAUGGAAGACGCGCCGGAGUUCAUCACUGUACCAGCCGAGUCCAAACACAAACGCUCGGGUAGCAACGUCAGCGGAGCGAGUGCCAGCGGUCACCUGGAGGACUGGAACUCGGAGGACUUGAAGCAUGCCAGUAGCUCGAGCUCACUGGGUCAAGAGAUGGUCGUCAAAAAACAGCGGCGGGCCCGCAUCCCUGACAAGCCUAACUACAGCCUCAACCUCUGGAGCAUCAUGAAAAACUGCAUCGGCAAGGACCUCUCCAAGAUCCCCAUGCCGGUGAACUUCAACGAGCCGCUGUCAAUGCUGCAGCGCUUGACGGAGGACCUGGAGUACUUCGACCUCCUGGACAAGGCGGCCAAGUGCGAGAGCUCGCUGGAGCAGCUGUGCUACGUUGCGGCCUUCUCCGUGUCGUCGUACUCCACCACCGUGUACCGUACCGGCAAGCCCUUCAACCCGCUCCUGGGCGAGACGUUUGAGUUGGACCGCCUGGAGGAGUGCGGUUACCGCUCCAUCUGCGAGCAGGUGAGCCAUCACCCACCAGCCGCGGCACAUCAUGUGGAUUCACGACGUGGCUGGCGCCUGUGGCAAGAGAUCACGGUCUCCAGUAAAUUUCGUGGAAAAUACCUGUCCAUCAUCCCGCUCGGAACCAUCCACUGCGAGUUCCCCUCAUCGGGGAACCACUACACGUGGAAGAAGGUCACGACCACCGUUCACAACAUCAUUGUGGGACGGCUCUGGAUCGACCAGUCCGGAGAUAUUGACAUCGUUAAUCACCACACAGGAGACAAAUGCCAGCUCAAGUUCAUCGCUUACAGCUACUUCUCACGUGACAUUCCCCGCAAGGUGUCCGGCGUGGUAAUGGACGCGGAGGGAAAUGCGCACUACAUCUUGUCGGGGACGUGGGACGAGAAGAUGGAGUACGCCAAAAUUGUGCAGAGCAGCAAAGGAAGCAGUGGCAGUGAGGGGCGGCAGAAGACUGUCUACCAGACACAGCCCGCCAAGCACCUCUGGAAGAGAUACCCACUGCCGGAGAACUCCGACAACAUGUACUACUUCACGGAGCUCGCGCUCACGCUCAACGAGACGGAGGAGGGGGUGGCCCCCACGGACAGCCGCCUGCGCCCGGACCAGCGGCUAAUGGAGAACGGCAAGUGGGACGAGGCCAACGCCGAGAAGCAGCGCCUGGAGGAGAAGCAGCGUCUGGUGCGGCGCCGGCGCGAGGCCGAGCUCGCCAGUGCCGCCGAGGAGGGCCGCAAGCACCAGUCCUACCGUCCCAUGUGGUUUGAGCGCAAGGAGGACCCCUUUACGCGGGAAGUCAGCUGCGUUUACCGCGGAGGCUACUGGGAGACCAAGGAGAAGCAGGAGUGGAAGAUUAGCCAGGACAUUUUCUGAGACCUCUCUCCACACCCCCCCCCCCGCCCCCACCCCCCUCGGGACUGUGGGGUGCAGAGGGCGGCAGUGGCAACGCACGGCAGCGUCCACGGUGCGCACACUUAACGCCCUGCAACAGGGACAGACGCCAUCGGUCGUUAUCCAGUUCGCGCGAAGAGGCGGAAUGUGGGCCGUACGAUAUUUUACACUCGCACAAAGCACGCGUUGUUGUGCUGGCACAGUGUGCGUUAAAACACGCCUCUCCGGAUCUUCUGUUUGCUUUUUUUUUCUCCUUAAUUCCUUUUCUUUUGUUUCUGUAAUGUUGGCAAAAGUGUAUCGCAUUCAUUUAAAAAGAAAAAAAUCAAAUGUGUUGGCAUUGAAAGCUUUAACAGCAACAAAAGAUACUUAAUUUAAAUGCUCUACAUCUUCAAGAAAUCUGUUUUGGCGAUGUUCAGGAAAACUAAAAUCCACUUUGGAGAAUAACAAAUGAUACAAAAUAUAUAUAUACCCUUUAAAUAUCCAUGUAAUUUGUGCGCGGAAGAAAACAAUAGAAUUAAUCAAAUAUAGACUGUUUUAUCACAAUCAUGAAAGACAAAAUGCGUAGGGCGAGAUACAUAAGAGCAACGUCUUGUCAUUUUGAAGCAUCAAGGAUUCUCUCAUGAUUUUACUGAGGAUGAGAUGCAGCAACCAAUGGUGGUUGCCCUGUAAUAUACCCGUGUAAUUCAAUGUUUAAUUAGCAUUAACCGUAAUGCAUCCGUAAGUUGACAAAUAGAAUUAGCGCAUACACACACACACGUGGCAACGGAAGUGUUUCUGUACCUGGGGACAAUUUUUUUUUUAAUUACUAUUUUAGAAAAAGGAUGAAUGAGAAUGGUGUAAAUCGCAGGGGACAUUGUAAACUUCCGGAGUGGUGUUGACUUGUGUACAAUAGCUUGCAAGCGGAUGGGCAUUGGAGUCGCUUUGCUCCGUGAAGCCCCAGUGUACAGAGGCUUUGUCAUCCUGACACUCCCUGCCGUCAAGCAGCUGCAGCUACCUCCCCACAAUUCGCCCGGCCCGUCACCGUCACGUCCGUCCUUGUACCAGUACAAAAAUAAUAAAGUCACCACCCCAAAUGUAGCUGUACAUUUUAAGGGUGGCUCAAGAGAGUCUACGGGAGCAAAGAUAUUGAGGAGAGCGAUGGUCAACAUAAUCUGGGAGUAAAAUCACGUCCACUGCACUGUGUACUUGGGGCUGUAAAUCGUAAUCCAGCAGGUGCCUGCAACAUGACCUGCUCACUAUAAAAGGUGCUUUGAUUUUUUUAUUUCUCAUUCGAUUUUUACCAUAUCUUUUUCUAUCCCUUUCUCUUAAAUCUGGGGGAAGGGGGGGGGGUGCUUUUUUUGCCAAACGCUGUUCACGAACAGCGCUUACACGGACAAUACGCCGGCGACUUGUUUCGUCGGCGAUUGAAAGGUGAAACUGCAAAAGCUCCCCCGAGUGAAUCGCCGGACGUGAGAAUCGGGGCCUGGGUGCGUGUGGUGCACUUGGCAAAACCGGGAGCUGGUGAUGCCUCGUUCGAUUUGGGGAAGCGAAUGCCUCUUUCCUUUGGUGGCUGCGAGUAGCAGCUGGAACCAGCGGUCCCGUGACUGUACACAACGUGGGGGUGUAUCGGCAUAAAUGAUCCCGACCCAAUGGGGGUUGUUGUUGUACAUAGCGGAGGUGUCACAUGUUGGGAUCUUAACCUGCAUUCACAUUUGGCAGGCGUAACCAAUUGUGUACCCUUAUUUCAGUUACAGGUCACCUUUCGUUAUGGUACUUGUUCAUUCACACAGUGCACGUGGUACAGCGGCACCCUUUGUUAUUCCACUGCUGGAUCGAGGCGUCCUCACGACGUGCUGGUCGUUGGGGGUUAUUUUUAACAUACCUCGCUAGUCAGAGAGGGGUUUGUGAAGGUCCGGGAGCACAGGUGCAGGAACAGGGGAGUGAAGUACAACAACGGAUUUGAUGCCCACCAUGUAGCCCUGCAGUCUAUUGUAGCCUUGAGCGCCUCUCCGUUCAGAUUGGUCGCCCAUCCAUCGCCAUCCAACCUCAUCUCCGCAUAGCUUCAGGGAUCUGACGACCAGGCGCAGUCCUAGUAAAUUGGUCAUGUGAUAGUUAAUUCAUAGGUUUUAAUCCAAUCGGUUGUUUAAACAUUUAGUCACAAAUGGGCAAUUUGACGAUCGGCCUUGGCUGUUGUAAUGACAUCAAUUUCCCACUGGUGGCCAGAUGUUUAAAAUUCCCAUUUAUGAGCAUGUUGCCAUUUUAUCCUAAAUCAAGAAAGGAUAUCUUGUGCCACAUGCCACCCAUAUGCAUAUUCACCGUGUUCGAUAAAGGAACGUUAAUGAUGAACCAUUUCGGUGUCCAGUAGUCUAGGGAUAUAAGUUAUUUCCAAUAACCCAUAGAAACUAUGACUUGCAUAUAUGUUUCUAAUUAUUUUCUAAUACACAGAACAAGCUAAUAGUUAUGCUGUGUGUAGGGAGGACUUGCGCACGAUUCAAGCCUUAAUAGAAAACUUUAGGUAUUACACGACCACGUUUUUAUCAACGGGAUAACGUGAAAUUGCGUGACUUGUGACAACGUAAAAAAAGUGCAACCGCAGUGGCCGUUUACAAUUUGGUUUUGUUGUGUAAUGAUUAGCGUCAAUAGUGCGUACAUCACUCGGUGGGCACGCUCUGCCGCCCCAUCACGAGACUUCACAUUUUUCGUUGGUGACGAGUCUUCGUCAUUUGAAGGUUAACAACGUUCCCCUCUUGUUAGUGGACGUGCAGGCGGCGUAGGCCCUUGUGUGCAACAGAAUAUAUGAUUAUUAUGCCUUAUUGUGUACCUUUACAAACAAGCGCCGCUUGUUACGCCCUAAACCUUGGCCACAAAUUUUAAUCCCGUUGAUGCGACUCCUUCGGGUGUGGCUCUUGCUCGGCAGCGGCUCGCUGCACUUGCCUCUGCGUUUUGGGAGUUUGGCGAAAUGUGCGUACUCCGAUGUUUGCUUGUUUUAUUUCUUUUUAAAUGUGUUUUUUUUAACUAAAAUUGCACAACCGCAGGACAAAUGCAUAGGAGAAAUGGCUGUGAAGUGAGACGUAAAAAAAAAUCAAUCUUAAAUAUCCACGGAGAGCGUUGUGAAUGACAACGGUUGCUUAAACAACGAUGAGUCGUGGCGCUGUAGAAGAUGUUAAUGACGAUAAGCGUGCGGCGACUGAUCCGCCCAAAAUUUCGUACCGUUCUGUGACCUUUAAAUCUUCAACACGACUUGAUGUUCCGCCUUUUUUCGUCUCGCUGCGUGUGUUUGAUCAGCGUUUCAAAAAAAAAACGACGCAAGUUUCUAUUCGAACCCCAGUAGGCGUGGUGACACAUUGGUUGAAAUAAGAAAUCCAAUUGUAAGUGAACUCCAUUCCGUGUCUCUGAUACAAAAUUGAAAAUAUUGUUUUGGUCCGUCAUCCACUUGACUUUCCAGACCGAUUGUUAUUCUCAAGAGUUGUACGAUCUUAUCCUGUUAGCUCCAAAGAGAUCGCCGUUUCAGAAUGAGACUCCGGAGGACAUUCUUCGGGAGUUAAAUACAUUCUUUAAAAUGCCCUCCCUUGGUCAACACCUGCCAAAAAUUAACCUGUAAGCACUGUGCUAUACAAGAUACUGCGGUGUGUGCAUUGACUUUUCUGCGCGCGAGAGAUGGUGUGUCAGUUAGUCUUCGAGUGCUGUGCACUAUACACUAAUACCUGUGCAAAGGGUUGGGUCAAUACGACGUGAAGGGCUUUUCCGAUAUUUAGGGGAACCGGCUGUAUGCAAAUGAAUAAUGUUGAAGCAGAGCACGUGGUAUUUGUUCAUGGCGUGUAUCCAAGGGAAUAGAUUAAUCAAGUUGCCGUUGCUGCUUCAGUGAACUUGUGCGUGAAUAAAUAGGUUGAUUAAAAAUUAUAACAAUAUUUUAUACUGUCACCGAGAGGGAAGAGGUUUUCUCGUUUUCUGUUCCUGGCUGCUUGACACGCAUCAUCCCCCCCCACCCCCUAUGCAAUGUACCAUUUAAUAUAGUUUACCGGUUCUUGCUCAUAACCUCACUCCUUGGUAAUUACUAUGUGUAUCAUAGCGACGUAGGCUCAUCGUUGGCCUCUCCAUUACCAUAGUCACCCCUCAGUGUAACUAUUAUAAUACAUCUCGGAACAAGAGGAGCAAAACGUCCACGCAAGAAAUUCCAAGACAAUGGCGGCGAUUGACUUAGGCAACAGCUCACUGUGACAAUAAGGCAGCCAGGACGUAAUUGUCGUCUUCGCGUCGAUAGAAAUUUUACAAAUUUAACGAAACUUCCCGUGAUUCGGAUGAACCGUGGGGUACAAUGCAAUAGUGAUGUGCGCGGGUGUUGGCGAUUGUGGCUAUCACGGCGAUUAUUCGGCGCGCACGCGGGUGUGAUUUUUGUUGUUGUUGCUUGGGUGGGAAAUAAGGUUUGGGUUGAUCGGACGCGGGACACAAUAACAACAGUGCGCGUGCGCGCCGGAGCAAGACAGGUGGGUGGAAUGGAAUCGUGUGCCGAUUAUUAUAAUUAUUAUUUUUGGAUUAAGAUUUCGUUGGACACGCGGAGGGUCUCGGGAGAGGCGAACAAAAGGCGCUCGUGAAAUAAAUUCGCAAGGAAACAACGCCGCAAGAGA